UUCUUCUAAUUUGCCCAUUUUGCAACUCAAACACCAAAUAAAUCCAUAAUUACACCGUUCCCUCAACAAACCCUAGAAAAUCCCAUCAAACCCUAAUUUCUUCUCCCAAUCUCGAACCAGAUCGCAUCCAACUCAACAAUUUCCCAAAAUUUCGCAGAUUUGCAAUAUCAUCGCUUCUCUCUCUUUCGAUCGGCACAGUUUAAGAGAUGGUGGCGGGAGCGGAGGUGAUUCAUCAGGGCAUCCCGGUGCUCGACGUGAAGUAUCGAUGCAUCGCUAAGGGGAUCGAAGAGAUUGUCGAUAUCGCGGCGGUGUCGCCGCCGCCUCCCUCCCCGGCGAUUCGACAUGUUGCCGUUGACGCCGGUGCUGCUUCUAAGCUGGAAUUGAGAGCCUCAGAUGCCACUACAGAUGUUUCAGUGGAGCCUGAAGUCUUCCAGUUCAUGCCGAGCAUCCGGUCUGGUAGCUUUGCGGACAUUGGUCCUCGGAGAUACAUGGAAGAUGAGCACAUUUGCAUCGAUGACCUCUCUUCUCAUCUUGGCUCUCUCAUCACAUGCCCAACACCCAGUGCCUUCUAUGGGAUUUUCGAUGGCCAUGGAGGUCCAGAUGCAGCAGCUUACAUCAAAAGACAUGCUAUUAGGUUCUUCUUUGAAGAUCCUGACUUCCCACAAGCGUCGGAAGCAGAUAAUAUUUAUGUAGAAUCAGUUGAGAGCUCUAUUCGGAAGGCAUUCCUCCUUGCUGAUCUUGCUUUGGCUGAUGACUGCAACAUUAGCACUUCAUCUGGGACUACAGCACUUGCAGCAUUGGUUUUUGGAAGGCUUCUACUUGUAGCGAAUGCUGGGGAUUGUCGAGCAGUUCUAUGUCGGAAAGGUGUAGCAGUCGAGAUGUCACAAGACCACAGGCCUAUCUACGCCCCAGAGCGACAAAGGGUAGAGUCUUCUGGUGGCUAUGUUGAUGAUGGGUAUCUAAACGGAGUCCUGUCAGUGAGCCGAGCACUGGGUGACUGGGACAUGAAACUUCCCCGAGGUUCUCCUUCUCCCCUCAUUGCGGAGCCUGAGUUCAGGCAGGCAGUCUUAACAGAGGAUGAUGAGUUCCUGAUCAUUGGAUGCGAUGGCAUUUGGGAUGUUAUGACAAGCCAGCACGCUGUAAGCAUUGUGCGAAGGGGAUUGAGGAGGCAUGACAAUCCUGAACAAUGUGCGAGGGAGCUAGUGAUGGAGGCGUUGAGGCUUAACACCUUUGAUAACCUCACAGUGAUUGUGGUCUGCUUCUCUUCAGAGAGCAGGGACGAGCCAGAGCAGAGACUGAGGUGCUGUAGCUUGUCGACUGAGGCCUUGUGUAACUUGAAGAGCUGGUUGGAUGAUGGGGGGAACUAAAAGUUGCAGAUUGUUGGAUGUAAAUGUAGUAGGGAGAUGAUGAUGAUGAUGAUGAUCGAGGAGUGUUCUAUGUGAUGAGUUAUAGACUGGUGAUUCUAUGGCUGAUUAUUUAACCGGCUGCCAGCAGUUUUGUAUGGUUCUGUAUUGGGUUUGUUGGAGAGUUUGUAUAUAUCAGGGAAGUGGGAAGUGGAGGUGCUGGUGUAUUAUUAUUAUUACCGUUAUUGUUGUGAUUCAUUGUCUUUGAGCUGAGCAGUAUAUACUCGAUGCGCAUUCAUCUCCUUUAUUUAUUUA